CUCGCACUAGUUGGCAAUCCAACACUGUGCCAGCAUCUACUAACCACAUGCCAUCCCUCGCUGUCGUUCGCGCCGCAAAUGCCGCAUUUUCCCCUUCCUAUCUUCCCGUCGCCGUCUUCGUAGGCGGAACCGCCGGCAUUGGUAGAGCCACCGCGCAGGCCUUCGCCCGUUACACCAAGGGCAACGCGCACAUCGUCAUCGUCGGGCGAAACAAGGCCGCUGCCCAGUCCCUCAUCGCGUCCUUCCCCAAGCCCACCGCGCCAGAGGCCAAGCACGAGUUCGUCGCGUGCGAGGACGCCGCGCUCAUGCGCAACGUCCGCGCGGCGACGUCGACGCUCCUCGCGCGGCUUCCGAAGAUCAACUUCCUCGUCCUCUCCGCGGGCUUCAUGAGCUUCAAGGGGCGCGACGAGACCGACGAGGGCAUCGACCGCAGGCUCGGGCUGCACUACUACGCACGCUGGAAGUUCAUCUACGAUCUCCUCCCGCUCCUCAGUAAGGCAAAGGAGGCGGGCGAGGACGCGAAGGCGCUCUCGGUGCUCGGAGCCGGCGUCGGCGGGACCGUGAUCGACGUGAACAACCUCGGCCUGAAGAAGAACUAUCUCAGGUCAAAUCCUGGUGGCACGGGCCCAGCUUACACUGACUUGAUGAUGCAGUCAUAUGCUGAACAGAACCCGGACCUGUCCUUCAUUCACACCUUCCCGGGAGCCGUCCGCAGCGAGCUGCUCGCGCGGUCGCAUUGGACGAUGCGUGUGCUCAAUCCUGUCCUGCUUGGGCUCUUCUAUCCCCUCACGGUUUCUCCGGAGGACUGUGCAGAGUACACGCUCUACGCGUUGUUGCAGGCCCGUCCCGGCGUCUCGCGGAACAACAGCAAGGGUGACAAUAUCGGGCGGUCCCCGUUAUGGGACGCUACAGAUGUGCGGAUGCGUCUCUGGGAGCACACGCAGGGAGAGGUAGAGGGUGCACUUGUGAGGCGGGAUGCGACGGGCGCAUAGAGUGUGGGGCUCACAUAGUAGGUCUUAGAUCUUUGGCUCUCAUCAGUCUCCGACUACAUCAUUCAUUGCUCUAGUUGUAUAUCACGCCCUGACACAGACGUUACAAUUCAAAAUGGGGCUGCCGAAGUGUAUAUGCCCAACUCCAUACUUAGCAUGCAGCG